AGUUGUGUUAUGUGGAUUUGGAGAUUACAUUUAUAUUCUUUUAUUUUGAAUUGUUUUCUACAAUAAUUAUACUGUACGUAAUGGAUGAAGUUUUUUAAAUAUAUUUCACUGCAUCUUUUUGUGAGGGCCUCUAUUGUUGGUUUUGAUAAAUCCACCACACUUUUAUUUAUAGAUUAUCAAUAAGUAUUACUUUUUAUAAGUUUUGUUUUAAUAUUCUUUUCAAGUAGUUUUGGCUUAUUUGUAUGAUUUAUUUUCUAAGUGCUUAGCUUUUAAUGACACUUGGCUAUUUACAUUUUUCAAGUAGGCUGAUAUCUAUACAUCUAUCUUUCUUGAUUUUUGUAAAUCAAAUUUUUUUUGUAAUGGGCACCAAUAAAAGCCAAUAAUAGGCAUUAGUUAGUGUGGCUUGCACACGGCCAAUUCGCUAGUUAGAGAAUAAAAUGUAAAUGUGUCAUAAUUUAAGAAUUUUACUAUAAUUUACGUUAAAAAUAAUUUAUUUAUUAAUUUAUACACAUUUUUUUGGAACUAGUAUUCCACGUAAAAUUAUCAACAAUUGAAUGGAGUAGCAAGUGAGAGAGAGUGGGAGAGAUGAUUUCAGAGAAGGAAGAAGAAGCAUCAGUUCCUCGGCGCUUAUCCUGCACCACCUGCUUUGAUGCUCUCUGGUUUUGCUAUUCUCCACUCCAUGAGAUGCAGCAGUAUUAUAGGCUUGGUGGCCUUGAUAACUGUUCCGGAAAAUGGAAUGCUCUUGUUGAUUGCUUAACUCUGAAAACAAAACGAACUUCUGUAGUGGAGGUAUGUCCUUAAACCUAAAUUACUAGUAGGAAUGCUAGUAACAACCUCAGUACAUGGAUUCUAAAAUCACUGUUCGCAUAGAUUAAGGCCUGAAGCUAUGUUUUGGUUUUUACUUAUACUUUGGGAUAAUUGAUGGCCCACAGUCUGUCAGAUACCUUCUUGAUGAACUAUUACAUGUUCUGCCAGUCUAAAUUUAAAGCUGCUAUGAUCUUUUAUUUACUUUUUUCUUUAAUAGAACAUUUUUUUUAAAUAUAUGUCUGCUUUGUUCAUAUUUUUUUUAAAAAAAUAUUUGUUAAAUUUUUUGAUAGAGAUAAGAUUCAAACCCCCAACUGCACAACUCCCUCUCAUAUGCCAUGUUAGUGUCACCCUUCCCCCAUAACAACGAAAUUCUUGUAUGUGAUACUAGAGUAAUAGAUUACAAACCCUGAUUAUGAUCACUUCCUAAAACAGGAUAGGGUGACC